AUGUCCCCGCCGGCAGUGGGUUCCAAACGCAAGCGCGCGUCAUCACCAGCCGAGAAGAGAUCUCCCGCACCUCCUGACGAGGAACCCCCUGCUCGCAAGCGGCGUAUAAUGCUGACUUACUUCAAGAACAAAAAACAACGCAAAUUCUUGCUCGCUUACGUACCUAUGCGGCAGAGGGCGAGAGAAGAGGAAUGGGAGCGUGCGAAUGCCGUGGACCUAAUGGUUCGCGACGAGUUCGCCAAGGCAUUCCCGACCGCACUCACUCGCGCAGGGAAGAUGUCGGGCUAUUGGGGCACUGCAGAGGCCACCCUGGAAUUUUGUCGCGCCGAGCUCAAACUGCGUAUCAGCAGUUUCAUGGUGGAUAAUUUGAGUACGACUCUGGAGGAGUUGGAACGGGAGGACGUGUGGGUCUACCAUACUGAGCGUCAGCAAGCCUGA